AGCCCACAGUUACUAUGCUCACACAGCAGCCGCACAUCAACCGAACCUGUUAACUCACUCACACAUGCCGCACUCCCCGUUGCAUUCUUGCUCCAAUCGUGUGCUAAGCCAGGAGCCGGCUCCGCGAACGCGGGGGCGGCAUACGGAAGCGGAGGACCACUUGGACGUCAACCGACGGUAGCAACUCCCACGAGGACAAACAAGUUCGCGUCCUGCUUCUACAACUGUCAUCUUGACCGAGAUCUACUUCUGGCAAAAUGUCUAGUUUUCACCUCCCCGGUAGAACAUUGCUGCAGGUUCUGCUGCCUUUUUUACUCGGCACAUCGUGCCCGACGGACGCUAUACAGCUGCAGCGCGGAGAACAACAACAGGCUCCGGUUUUUUUGCAGCAGCGUGGGGUAGAAAGAAAGCAGGCACAGUAUGUCAGGACGAGGAAAGCAGCUGCUGGAUCGAGGACCGUUUAUACCCUUUCCGCCAAGACCAAGAAGCGCGAUGAAAAUGAGAAACAGAUCCCUUCUAUGAGCGUGGGCGACGUGGAGGAUUCUUCGGUUUUCAAAGACAACUAUCCUAAGGACACCAACCCGGGUAGUUCUGGUGCCGCGGCGCCGAAGGAAGAGGAGACUACACCAGCCGCGGACGCAGGCGGAAAAACUCCCCCUUCUUCGGGUGACAGCAACACCGAACAAGCAGGACCCGCUGAAACCGCAGGAGAGUCGUCCGCCGCGAAAGAGGAUGACGCGCCGGCCUCCCUGUCCCCCGAAGAGAAGGAGAAGCAGCAAAAGGCUGCCGCGACGGAGGAGGCGAUGGAAACCGCCGCCGCGGAGAACGCGGAAAAAGUCGCCGCCGACCAGGCCGCGCAGCAGCAGGCGGUAGCCGAGGCCAAGGAGAAACAGGCCGAGGAGAAGGCGGAAAUUGCGGCGAAGAAAGAGGCAGAAGAAGCGAAGGAAGUGGCCGAGAAAGCGGAAGAAAAAGCGAAGCAGGAGGAAGCGGUGCAGAAAGCUGAGGAGGAGCAGGUGGCGAAGCAGGAGAAAAUCGCGGAAGAAAAAGCCGUCGAGGCGGAAGCGGCCACGGAGAAAGCCACCGUGACGGAAGAAAAAAAGGAGGAAAUGGUGGAAAAACAUGAGCAGAUCAACACGGCUCUGCAACAGGAAGCGGGCCUGCUCGCACAGAAGAAGGUGGAACUGGAGGGGACCAUGAAAACGCUGGGGGAGUUGCCCGAUUCCAAGGAUUUGGAAGAAAAGGUGAAACUGGCAGCGGAAGCGGUCGCGCAAGCGCAGCAGGACCACGGGAUUAAGAAGGAAACCGUUGCGGAGGAGCAGAAGGAGAGAGAAAAGGAAGAGGCGGAACUGGCUCUGUUGAUGCAGGUAGUAGGGGUAGUUUUAGAUGAUUCAUACUUGAAAAUAAAUAAAAAUCUUGCAGCUGGCACCCGGAAGGACGCGUGCAGAUUGUUGCAGUUCAAGAACCGAAGAAAAAUAUAAAAAACAAAAAAAUCAGGAAAUCGCGAAGGCCGAGGCCGAGAUGCAUGCUGCUGCGGAGAAGCUCGACUCCGCUACUGCCGUGCACGCCGAUCUGAAAGCCCAGUUAGAGGCUUUGCUGCAGAAGUUGAAGGAGUUGCAGGAGCUGAAAGCCUAUGAUCGGAAGAAUCUUCAAGAUCGCAGGCGUGCAGACCGCACGUGCAUAUUUUGCAUCACACGACAAUUCGUCUGUAGGUUUUUUUUUGGGUGCCGGUAGUUCCCCGGCAGACGUCGCAAGGAACUAUUUGUUUCGUGGCCGCUAUUUACAAGUGACUCUUCUUGCACAACAAGCAACCGUGUCGUGCAGGUCUCGUGCGUGCUGUGAACAUACUUUUUCCCAUUUGGAUAAGACGCAACUAGAAGCGGCAAUCGCGGAACAUGAGAAAAAAGUCGCAGAAUUGGCCGCCUCGGAGGCAGAGGCGCAGAAGGCCGUUGAGGAGGUAGUUUGCUGAUGUUUUUUUCAUCCACAAAUUAGAAUAAACUAUAUGGACGAGGCGUUCUCGUCGAUAUUGAAGACGUCGAGUUUCACAACUAUCUUUCUAUGUAUGGUAAGGAGCAGUUGAUACGUUGUAGUCCGCAGGAGCCAAACGACUGGUAUCGCAAAGACCUUUCCGUUACCUGCAUGACAGGCGAUGGUAGCCGCGCGCCAGUCUGCAGCGGUGGCGGAGCAGAAGGAAGGCGACGCAGACCGAGCGCAGAAGGGGGUGAAGACGAAAAUCACCCCCGUGGUCGUCGGUGCGGCUGUGGGAGGUGGGGCGUUGCUCGCCGGGGCGGCCGCCUGGAUGUUUCUGCUGUGAUGAUGAAGGUUCAAGGUCGAUUCUACGUGCGACGUUCCGCAGUGAUGAGUGGCACAACAGCAUACAGUUUUUCUUUUCCUAAAGGUACACGACUAGGAGCAGCAUCGUAGAACAAGUGCACUCGAUAUUAAACAUCACAUAACCAAUCAAGGUGCUCAGAAAGGACGACAGGCGAAGGGCUUUUUGCACCAACCGGUCCGAUAUUACAGGUACAGCAGCUUCCGGACAGUAG